ACUGAAGCAGUAUCUGUGCUUACAGGUGGUUGAAGCACUAUAUUUUUCUUUUUUAUGAAAUGUUAUAUUAAUUUAUUAUAUUUUUUAAAUAGUGAUUUUAUUUAUUUGAUUUUAAAAUAUAUAAGUGAAAAAUUAAAAAAUUUUUUUUUAAGAUUAAAUUAUUUUCAUAUAAUUAUUAUAUAAAAAAGAUAACGUCUAUAUUUUACAUUAUAAUUUUUUAAUUCAUUUAUAUUUAAAAAAUGAAUUAUUUAAUUUUUAUAUAAUUCAAAAUUGUCAGAAAUAUCAGAAUUGUACGGUUCUCAUUCUGACAAGAUCAGACAUUGUAUCCCUACUCCACCCGUCCUGACUGUAGCGUCAGUCCUGGUCAGGACGCAGCCUUAGCUCAGUUUGCCUAGAGACGCGUCAACAGUGGUAUCGUAUGUUCAUUCUGUUCUAUAACAAAAGAAGUUAGAAGGUACUUGUGUUAGAGGUCAAUAUAAUUGUACAAAUUAUAAUAGAUUUUGUAAAGCUAUAGAGUUUCCAAGGUCAUUCCUAAAAAGCACCAGCAAAAUGGUAUGUACACUUCUUUUCAUCCUUUAAUACAGGUAAAUGUGCACUGAAGUGAGAUGAUUCAUUAUGACAGCUUUUCAUUUCAUAUUUUCCCUCUUAUCCAGGUAGAGAUCAAGUUUCUAUAGUUGUAUAUAUAGAAUUUUUAUAUAUAUCAAAAAUUUACUAAUAUCUAUUACAUAUAUUUUUACAUGAUAUAUUUCAAUUUUCAUCUUAAAUAUAGUAAGUAAAUAUUAUUUAAUUUUUAUUUUUAUUUUGAAUAAUUCAAAUUUAGAUUAAUUAGAUCUGGAGUUAAAUUUAGAUUAAUAUUUUUAAAAUAAAUUAUUUGUAAUAAAUUCAAUGUACUUAAUAUUUAUAAUGAUACUGUUUUGGUAUUAGACAUUAAAUGGAUAAUAAUCAUUAUUAUUAAACAUAAAUCAUUAAUUAAUAAUAUUAUAUUUUGCUAUCCAUGCAAAUAUGAAUAUAAUACAUGUACUUAUAAUAGGAGGCUUAUGAAAUCAUAUUUCUAUAGCUCAUCAUAACAAAAGACUAAACCUUAGGGAUAUAAUAGUCUUUUCUUUGUAUAGGAUACCCUACUCUAUGGAACUAUUAAUAUCUAUCCAUCCUGUCAAAAUAAAAUUCUAUUCUCCUGUGAAUUUUAUUUUGGAAACUGAGCUGGAUUUGGGGUUGACUGUAGUGUUCAAUGGAUUGCGUUAUAAUUUUUGUCGAUCAAUACCACACAAAUGUUCUGCGCGGACCAAUAGGGAUAUAUAGAGAAGCAUCUUUCAAUGCGCAGACUGCCAGGAGCUACCCUACAGUUUUUCUGUCAGGCUCCGCCCUUAGAGUUCUUCGGGAUAGGAAAACCAUCCUUAGGUGCUUAAUUGGUACAUGACUCACCACAGGGCUCGAUCGAUCCAGCAUCCCUAGCUUGGGGCUUUUGUAUUCGAGUUUGGAUUAACCAUGUCUACUAAGAGGCAUUGUGGGCCUAAAUUAAAUAUAAAGCGCAAAAUAAUACGUGAAGGCCAUAAUAGAUAGGAUGAGUGGAUCUCGACAGAACGAAGCACAUUGCUUCAAUGAAAACUCUCCACGGCCACCAGUGCCUGGAGAGGAAACAGGAAACUACGUCAGCAGGUUCCGUCCACAGAGUCCAACUCUGACCCCUAGGCGUUCUUCUCUUGCAACACCAACAGCUUCAGGUUGCGAUGCUUCGGCACCUUUGGGAUUUGAACCGGAAGGUUGCUGUAGUACGACAACUAUGGAAAGUGAUUCACCACCUGCUUGCUUGCGGUGGGCCAGGAACCUGCAUUCCUUGCUGCAGGAUCCAGUGGGCUUGGAAUUGUUCAGAAAAUAUCUGGAUCAAGAAGGCAGACCUCAUGCCAAUCCUCUUAACUUCUGGUUUGCCUGUGAGGGCCUUAAGGAACAAGAUGAUCCUGAAAGGAUAAAUCAAUUGGUUAAACUUAUCUACAGAAAGUUCUUUCUCAAAUCACAGUUAGCUAUACCAGAAGAUGUUCGAAAGGAGGCUAUUCGUCGGGUUAAAGAAGGAAGAGCGGAUGAAAAAGUAUUUGACGCUGUACAGUUGGAAGUUGAACGUCUUAUUAAUGAGACUACAUAUCCAAACUUUCUUCGAUCUGAUAUGUAUCUUCAAUACGUUCAGUCCUGCCAAAACCCGGAUUCUGGUGGAUGUCCUAGUUCGGGAUCCAGUCGAGAAAUGUCUGUUUCUUGUGGGCCAAGUUUAUUGCCCACUGUCCACGAAGACAGUGAAUUUGUUAGUUCCAUACAUAGCUCACAUUCAGCUAGUGAAACGCCUGGGGAAUUGAGAGGUGAACUGAGAUUGACCAAAGAUAUGCUUAUGGCUACUCAACAAACUAGGGCGUUGGAUCUUCGACCAAAGCCAGAAGCGUAUGCUGGCAUUUACUUGCAACAUGGAACUAGUCCAUAUCAUAUGCUCGCACCCAGACUGCACGCACAAUAUUCCUCAUAUAACCCAGUAUCCAGACAGGAUUCAGAACUUCAAAGCUUAAGCAGUGAUGCACGAACUGAGUCAGACAAUAUGUCUCUCACCGAUUCAUCAGUUGAUGGAGCAUCAAUAAGUAAACAACGAAGUAAAAAACAAUAUAUAAGACAAAGUAGAGCUAUUAAAGAUUCAGCUAGUUUAAAUCGUGAUCCGCUGGCGCAUCAUACUAUCAUCCCUCGUACACAGCGAGUACCGCGUGACUUAAUGCAUCCUCUGAAACCGGAAGAAUUUGCUCAAGUGCUUAUUGAGAAGUUGGAGAACGUUAAACGUGAACGAGAAUCUCAGGAAAAACUCGAUAGGCAUUUGCAAGAGAGUGAUGCGAUUAAUAAAGAUCCAUCAUUGGAAAUGUCAAGUGGAGCACUUAGCGCCAAAGCGCUAGCUGAUGCAUUACGAGAAAAGUUAAUGAUAGAAGAAGAUAACGAUCAAGCAAUUUUGGACCAACAUGUAUCACGAGUUUGGUCGGAUCUAACGCCUUCUCGAUCUCCAGGACUUUCAUCUCCAAGACUGCAUUCGCCUGAAAGAAGACGUUCUACGCACAAUUAUCCACGACCGUAUAAACAAAGAAAAGAAAAGGACGUGUUCUCUACAUUUUCAGCAGAUAGCGGUAAUAUUCACGAUUUUCAAGAAGGCAGCGAUCUUGUCGGAGCUGGCUCCAUGAGUUCAUUAGGAUCUCACUUGCCUAAAUCUAAAUCCGUGCCAUCUGAUUAUGCCGAUUCCCUCCAUAAACAAGACUUAUAUCUUCAAGGUCAUGAUCAAAGAUUCCGAAGGUCAGACAUGACUAGAAGAUCAGCCACAAAGAAAUCUAUGACGGAAUUAACUGAUAGUGGUGUUAGCGUUGUAAGUGAUGCACCACCAUCGACAAUUAGCAAAGAUAUUCGUCUUUUAUCGUGGCUUAAAGAAACUGAUAAAAAAGCGGAUAUCAAACAUAGCCGUCAUGGGAAGAAGUAUGGUUCUCGUAGUGGCUCUUUGGAAAGGACAAACAGGGAAACAUGGGGUGUUCCUGCUCAACCUUUUGUUGCAGAUCCAGGAAUGCCACCUUUACCACAACCUCAUACAGCAACCCAAUUAGAAGAAGCAAGAAGAAGAUUAAUAGAAGAAGAUAGAGCACGUUCGAAUAAACAGCGUCAUUCUAAUAUUUCUAAACAAUCAUCGUAUGAGCCUACAACGCAAAGUCAAUCUUAUGUCCAAUCUAAUCAAUCAACGUUAAAGAAGACGAAGCAAGAUAUUGGAGAUUUUACCACCGUUGUGUUCAGUUUCUGUGACGAACAAUUUCCUUAUAGGACUAAAAUUCCUGGUCACAAUAUCACUUUAAAACAAUUUAAAGAAUACCUUCCUAAAAAAGGCAGCUAUCGAUAUUUCUUUAAAACCGAGUGCGAAGACUUGGAUACAAAGGUUAUUCAAGAAGAAAUAACCGACGAUUCUGAAGUCCUACCGUUAUGGGAGGGUAAAGUUAUGGCGCAAGUUAAGACGCUCGAGUGAUAGACUGAAACAAGGAUUAUUCUGAAAAAAAGAACGUGCUAUCUUCGAACAAGUGCCGCAACUAAUUUUAUUUAAGGAUGUACAUUCUCUUGACGACCUAAAAGAAAAAUGGAUAAAUUUAAAAUUUUUUUCUUUAAAUUAUUAUUUAAUAAAAUAUUGAUACUUUUAAUAUCAUGUUAAGCAAUAUCUUUUAUUCUUGUAUAGUUUUUAUCAUUUAAAGUUACAAAAUAGUAAAUACAACAUUAUUUAUUAUCAUGUUUAGUAGGACAUUAUUAGAAGAUAUCUAAAAUAUAAUGUACAAUUUUUUUAUAAUUUUGAAAAAUGAAGAAAUAGCGGCCUUUUAAAAAAAAUAUUUUCUUUUUUCAGUAGAAAAAAUCAAUUUUAAAUUAUAAUAACUGAAUUAAUAAAUUAAAAUAUUAAAAAAUUGUACGUUAUAUUUUAGACAUUUUUUAUAAAUUUUAUUUUUUUAUAAUGUUCAAAUUUGAAAUUAAUUAGAAAAAUAAUCUUAGAAAAUCAAUGUGUUAAAUGCAGGCUAAUAAGAUCAAAUAAAACAGUAAAAAAUAUUUUUUGUAACUUUAAGUAAUAAAUAUUAAACAAUAAUAAAGUUAAAAUAUUGCUGAACACGAUAAUAAAAAUUAAUUUAUCAAAAUUUAUUUAUCAAUAUUUUAUUAAAUAUUUGUCUAAAAAAACUUAAAAUUCUUCCUCUUUUUUUUAGUUCGUUAGGAUUAUGUACUACCUUUAAAGACUUCCCAUAGUUUUCCAAACGACUGUACAAAGGCCCGCGUAGAUUCGCCUUAGUAAGGUCUGUAUAGACCCUAGAUUUACAUAGGAAAGAACAUUAUUACAAAUUAGUUUUUAAGAAGAUAUAUUACGUGCAUUAUAAAUACACGCUCUGUUUAAUAUACGUAAUAUAUCGCGCAUUCGAAGAUAUUGCGAAAAAAAAUAUUAAGAAGGUACACCACAUUGAAAUGUCUAAGGUAUCAAUAAAACAUAGGAUUUUUUUUAUUGAUAAUUAUUAAAUGGAAAACUAAAAUUAUAUUAUUAUUAAAAAUUAUAUUAUAUUAUAAUAUUAUAUUACAUUAUAAAAAUUUUCAUUUAGUAAUUAUAUGUGAAAAAAAUGUCCACAUUUUAUUUAUUUUUUAAACGCUUCAAAAUAGUGUAUCUUCUUAAGAAUCAUGUUUUGUCAUACCACCAUUAUCAUCCAUUUGACAUUGUAAAAUAAGCUCCUGCAUAAACGUAACACAUACUGGAAAAAUAGACGCGCAAUAUGCAUUUGGCAUCGGGGAAACAAGUACUUUGGUGGAAAAAAAAAAGAUUAAUUAGUAUCUAGACCGUAACGAUGUUUUAUCAGGUGCGAAAAAUUGUGCCUUUUUAGUGCAGUAAGGUCGAAGUAAGCCUAAGGAAAAAAAAGGUUAAGAGAUACUUAUUAAAUUGGAGACCAGCGGGUCUAAUAUCGAGAGGAUAAAUUUGAUACAUUGAGCGUUUUGUAUAUAUUUUUUUCCAAACUUCAUCGUAGUCUUUGCAAGCUUAAUCAUUAGUAAUCGUUAUAACGCUAAAGAAUACUAUCAGCAUCGUUACUUUCUAAACGUUUAUGUUUCAACAUCGAGUUUUCGUCAAUAAUAAUACGAUCACUCUUACUUUUCUUUUUCUCUGUCUUUAACAAUUUUGUUAGAAAACCAAUUAGAACAUAAAAAGAAGAGAAAAGAAAAAUUAAAAAUCGAACGUGUGAUUGAAUCUUCUCGAAUGGCCUUCGCAUACUGGUUCGAUUCUUAAUAGUCGUAGGCGCUCGCUUCCUAAACAACAGAUUUUUAAACUUUUGAUGGAAUGAAAUUAAAAAAAUGUAGUAUCUACAUUGGAAAUUGAUACCGAAGGAGGCGAUGCACCAUGGCUGAUAACAAUUUAUUGUAUGUAAUUGAUUAUCUUUAAUUAAUACCACGAAUGAUAAAGUGUUCCUGUACCUAAUUAAUUAAUAAUGAUUAUUAUUGUAUAUCAAAAGUAUUGAGAAUAAUAAUGCCAUUUUCACUGGAUUA